AUCUCCCUUUCUUUCUUCCCAUCAUGCUCACCAAGCACGUCAACCCGGAGCACCUCGUCCAGCAAUCUCACGAUAAAAAGUCUCAUGUUCAUUCGCUGACACAUACAAAACCAGACCUCGUUCAGCACUCGUACGGCGCGCGAUAUGGUACCAAUCCCAUCCCAAAGUAUCAUCUUGCUUCCAAGGGACUGGAUGCCGAAUCAGCUUAUCAGCUUGUUCAUGAUGAGCUCACGCUAGAUGGAAACCCCGUGUUGAAUUUGGCAUCCUUUGUUUCGACUUGGAUGCCCUCUCCUGCCGACAAGCUCAUCCAAGAGAACAUCAACAAGAAUCUGAUAGACUGCGAUGAAUAUCCCGCAACUCAGCUUCUGCACACCCGAUGCAUUUCCAUACUCGCCAGUCUAUGGCAUGCUCCUUCGGCGAAGCAGGCUAUUGGGACCGCGACAACAGGUUCUUCUGAAGCUAUUCAACUUGGAGGUCUGGCCAUGAAGCGUAUCUGGCAAGCGAAGCGCAGAGCUGCCGGAAAGAGCAUUCAUGAGCCUGGCCCUAACAUCGUCAUGGGGGCCAACGCACAAGUUGCACUUGAAAAGUUCGCUCGUUACUUUGAAGUCGAAUGUCGUCUCGUCCCUGUUUCCGUCGAGAGCAGCUACAGACUUGACCCGAAGGCUGCAAUGCAAUACGUCGACGAGAAUACUAUUGGCGUUUACGUCAUUCUAGGAAGCACCUAUACCGGGCACUAUGAACCCGUCAAAGAAAUGGCAGAUCUUCUAGACAAAUACGAAGCAGAGACUGGGAAUUCCGUUCCCAUUCAUGUUGAUGGGGCGUCUGGCGGAUUCGUUGCACCAUUCGCGACGCCGCAGCUGGUGUGGGACUUCAGAAUUCCCCGAGUUGUGUCUAUCAACACCUCCGGUCACAAGUUUGGCCGUGUCUACUGCGGAGUUGGGUUUGUUGUAUGGCGAGACAAGGCCCAUCUGCCUAAAGAUCUCAUCUUUGAGCUUCACUACCUGGGAUCGGUCGAAUACUCCUUCUCCCUUAACUUUUCCCGCCCGGCUGCACAUAUCAUUGCGCAGUACUUCAAUUUCAUUCAUCUCGGAUUUGAAGGCUACAGAACCAUCGCACUGAACGACCUGGAAAAUGCUCGACUUCUCAGUCGAGCAUUGGAGAAUAGCGGGUACUACACUGUCCUGAGUGAUAUCCACAGGAUCGCUCCUAAUGUACAGACCACUGGAAAGCACGCUGUCGGCACCGAUAGCAAAGUAGAGAAUUACAUCCCAGGACUUCCUGUAGUGUCGUUCCGCUUCACGGAUGAGUUCCAAAAGCGGUAUCCCGAUAUUCAACAGCGCUGGAUUCAAACCCUCCUGCGUGCGAAAGGAUGGAUUGUUCCCAACUACGAACUUGCUCCCAACCUGGAGAAUGUCCAAAUCCUUCGUGUUGUCGUUCGCGACAGCAUGACUGCUACGCUUGUUGAGGGUCUUGUCACUGACGUCGUUGAAAUCACCGAAAAUCUCAUGAAGAAGGAUAGUCCAGCGCAUGCUCUCAGCGCAUUGGAGUAUGCAUUUGGUAAGACGGAACAAAAGCAUGGAACCUUGGACGAGGGAGCUGGAAGCGAAUCAAAUGGCACCUACGCAAAGCCUUGCUAA